AUGGGGGAACAAUUACACCUGCGAAGUCCUACUAUCGGUAAAUCUAUUGAGAAGGAAAUUCCCAGUAGUUCAACUGGUAAGACUACUCGAGCAGACACAGAAGGCUUUGGAGCUGAUCGUUUUUGCUUAUCAGAAGAAGUUACCCGUAUUAUCACUAUGGCACUGAGGUUAGUGCCCCUGGCGCUAGGUGUGCUCCACAUCGCAGCUGCCUUACCGGCGAUCACGCUGCAAGAUCUGGAAGUGGCUGACGACACCAUGUCUGUUGGUUCUUAUGUCCGAGAAGUUAGGGCUGCUGCGCCCCAGGACUACCACAAAUCCUACGAAAAUGAAGGCGAUGGCGAGGUCGGAUACUCCAGGAAGAAGUCUGGUGGAGGCAAGAAGGGCUACCAGCACUUCGACACCUUCCACAAGAAGGCCGGAGACCACUACGAGUUCGAGAAGCAAGAUUCCUACGGUCUAGAGAAGGAGGGACAAGACGCAGCCCACAGCCACCGCCACGAACAAAGAGCAAAGCCAAAGAGGAAGCCUGAAGAUGCAGAGAAAUUAGACGAUGAUGAGGGACACGUGGAAAUUGACCAUGAAGAAUUAAAAGAGGGUGCUCCUGAUGGUAAUGGAGGCAUAGAAGCAUUCGGGCACAACCCGAAAGACUACAUUUUGCCUGAAAAGUAUACGUAUGGGGAAGAUGAAGAAGAAAACUAAUAUGAUUACGCCAAGCAUGAUAAAUAAACAGACUGAUAGACUAUAGUUGUUUGGUUAAGAAUUUAAUAAAGAGUGGAUAAUUUUGUUAGCGACUUUAUUUGUCUACAAAAACUGCACUGUUUUAUAAAUGAAGAUCGAGCGCCAUCUAUGAUAAAGGAGUUGAAUUAAAC